GGGGCGCAUUCUCGCUGGCAGCCUAAGCCACGGGCCGUUGGAGUCGCGGCCGAGCAGUCAGCCACUUGGAAAGAUCUCGCUGCCGCCCCCGGAGCCGCCGCGGCCAGCUGGGCGGCGCUGCCCCGCGGCGCAGAGGGAGGCUGCGGGAGAGAGGAGGAGGCGGCCGGCCAGCGGCCCGCGGCGCGGCUCGGGGCGCACGGUCUCGCGGCCCGGGAGCCACGCGAGUUCCGCGCCCGCACGCACAAGCCGCGGCUCGCGCUUCGCUCGGCCUCGGGGCUCCCGGCCUCUCCGCCCCCGCCCCCGCCCCCUGGCCAGGGCUGCGCGGCGGCGGCCGGAGGAGCAGCAUGAAUCUGAGGCUCUGCGUGCAGGCGCUCCUGCUGCUCUGGCUCUCCCUGAGCGCGGUGUGUGGAGGGCCCCUGCUGCAGACUUCUGGCGGGAAGGGGAUGGAGGAAGGCAACGUCCGCUAUCUGGUGCAGCCCAGAGGGCCAAGGAGCGGCCCAGGACCCUGGCAGGGAGGUCGGAGGAAGUUCCGGCGCCAGCGGCCACGCCUCUCCCACAAGGGCCCCAUGCCUUUCUGAAGCAGGACUGAAGGGGCCCCCAGAUGCCCACCCCUGCGGUUCUCUCUCCUCCUCGGCAGAUCAGCCUGCUUCUCUGGAGCCCUCGUAUCCGUUCGCUGCUCGUCUGGCACCUGUCCUGGCUGCUGAUGGUCCCGGCUCUCCUCCCCUGCCAGCCUCCGUGAAUGGCACGCUCCUGCCCCUAGUUCCCUAGAGAUUCCCGGGCUCAAGGAUCCAUUCAGCCCCUCCCCCUGACUUGGGAGACCCUGCACUGGAAGGCGCCCCUUGCUCUGCUCCCCCUCUUUGGUGUCAUACCCUAACACCUCACCUUCUCUGGGCCCUUCCUUCCUCAGGUAUGCCCUGGGGGGCCAGGGGGCACCGCCCUUCUCGAAGGGGCUCCAGCAGAUCCCCUGCUUUCGGUCAGCCCUUCCCCCGGCCUCCAGAAGGGACUAGAGGACCAAGCAAUGCGACUCUAAUGAGAGGGAUGGGGUGUUGGGAUGCAGGCGGGGUGCCUUGGGGGUGGGAAUGGGGAGUGGGCGCGCUGGCCCAGGGGGUAAAGCACUGAGCGGAGGAGGACUAGCUGACUGUGGCCUCUUGCUCAUCCCCGUGUUUGGCCCCGGUUGAGAAAGAGGCGAAGGAGAGGGGCCACGAUGUACUUUUUUUGUCACUUCUCUCACCUGCUGUGCCGCCUGACACUCCCAUGCACUCCCCCACCCCGACCCCCAGCUAGUUCAAGCUUCCACUCAGGAGGGGAGGGUGCUGGACCUGAGGUGGCUCUAGACCCUCCCGGGGGAGCAAAAGCCAAGCAGGACUGGUUUUGCCAAGAAUCACAGACCAUCGGAGCCAAAAGGAAGCUGGGCCAUCACUUAGCUCCACCUCCUUAUUCGAAGCCCUGAAAACCCAGAGCCUGGACAGGGAUGGUAACCUACCUGCUCAGUGUCCCCACUGAGCCGGAGCCUGAAUGAGGGCCCAGGUCUCCCGAUGCCCACCUGAGGAGGUCCUUUUCCUUCCUGACGAUGUCUUCCAAUCCCAUUAAGUGCCUUUCCCCCGGGGGCUGGGGCUGGGGGUGGCUGGGAAGGGACAGGGGACGGCGGUGAACUGCCCCACGGUGUUGUGGGGAUGGAGCCGGCCCCUCCUCCCUAGCUGCACCCCCGCCCCCCCCGCAUUCCCCAACCUGGCCUGAAAGGGGCUGCAGCACUCACAGACCCCCCGGGUAUUUUUGUAGGGGCAGCUCAGGCCCCGAGACUACCUUUGCUACCUGACACUGGUUUUCAGGGAUCAGGAAGUGGCCUUAACCAGUUGGAUUCCAUGGCCUUCCCUUCGCAUGGACUGGACCUUCUCACCCAGUGGCCUUUUCUUGGGGAGGGUGGGGGAGAAGCAUGGGACGACGUGGGGGAGGUCCGAGCAGGCUUUUGCUCAGAGGCCUCGUGGGAGGGAAUCAAGGGAAGACAGGAGCCUGAGGGCCACCUAUGUGUGUAGCAGGGGGACAGGGGGAGUCAGGGCCCGCCCCCAGUCCCACAGCAACUCCGACCACCUGCCCCUCCCCCUUCCCUCUGCUGCUGCUGCUGCUGCUGCUGCUUCGGGCCCACCCUGGGGAGCCAGACCAGGCACCCCGUCGCCCCCCAGCACCCCUCAGCCCAGAGUGGGGGUCGGCCAGUGUCCAGAAAGCCUCUUCUGCCACAGAUGCCCCCAGCAGGGCUUGGGCCUUCUUCCCCCUUCUCCUCCUGCAUCUCCUGCCGCCUCAGCUGCCCAGCCCCACGGGGGAGGUGGGGGG